UCUGAUGCAAAUACGAGUGAAACAAAGGCGAGCCUUCGUGCAAACGAUGGCCAUGGGCAUUUUCACUACAUGCAUGACGUAGAAGAAACGUAUCCUGAAAUUCCGGACGAAAAGAAACCAAAUGAUCUUGAUCUGGACACCCUUGUGCUGGGGAACAAACAGAUUGCUACAGUGGCAUGGAUGAUCGUGAUAGGCGAUGGACUCCACAACUUUAUCGAUGGUUUAGCCAUUGGUGCAUCUUGCAGUACUUCUGUCUUAUCUGGACUGAGUACAUCACUUGCCAUUUGUUGUGAAGAAUUGCCUCAUGAACUGGGUAGGUUUUCUAGAUUAUAUGUGUAAAGUUAGUGUCAGGGUGGUUACUGAAUGUGCUCUUUACUCUGCGACUGGGAUUGUGUACGAAAAUGGUGUUUCGAGUUUGACUCUUCCAAUCGACAACUUAAUUUGUAUCUGUAGGCAGAUGUCACAGAAUAAGCAUUAACACCUGUAUUCUAAAAGCUCACUCACACUCACGCUCAAUGAGUGGAGGUUCAAUCUGAGCUUCUGUUGAGUGUCAGUGCUGUUUUUGAAUAGCUGGAUGGUGAGUAGUCACAUAGUAAGGUACGACACUAACCCUCCAGCUGUUUAAAAACAGCAAUGGCACUCGAGAGAAGCUCAGACUGAACUUCCACUCAUUGAGUGUGAGUGUGAUCGAGCUUUUAGAAUACGGGCGUAAACCUCUAUUUUAAUACCACCAGCGACUAAACGUUCAAUAGAGUUUUAUUAUAUUCAGGGCCUAUCAGAGAAAUUCGGGGGCCUGGGGCGGAUUUUAAUUGGGGGUCCCCUUUUUUCAAAAAAAUGUUGCUGAGCGGGGGGAGGGAGGAAUAAAAAAAAUUUCCGGACAUUAAAAAAAGGGUCAAAAAAUUAUUCCAGACAAACAGCAGUUAAAUUAAGGUUCAAUAAAAUUUUUCCCGACAAAUUCCUGUUAAAACAUGGGUGAAAACCUUUUUUUGAACCAUUUUUUUAAAAAAGUUAGGUUUAGAAAAUUUUUCUUACACCAUUAUUUAUAUCAAAAAACGUUCCAAAUUAUGUUUUUUAUUUUGCAAAUUUGGGGCCUCCCGUUAAACUGGGGGCCCGAGGCAGAUUCCCCUCCCUCCUCUCAAAGGCCCUGGUUAUAUUUACAUUUUUCCGUUGUAUCUUUAGUCGACGAGAUCCAAUUUGGUUAAAAACCCCACUCAGUUUUGAAGGUUCCCACACUUUUCAAAAAAAUUGUUCACUUAGAAUUUCACGCAGUGAUUUUAAUAAUAGGAUGUCCGUAAGAUCUCGUGCUUCGUUAUAACUUGAUGAUAAAUUAAAUAAUGAUUUGUAAUGAAUGCCCUUCUUUGGACCAUUUCGAUAUCUCCGCUCAGUAAUCAGGAAUGUUGAAGUGCCAAACGUGGCAAGCAUAUUCCAAACUUGGCAAGCACAAUCCAGAACCUUGUGUGAGCGUUGGCUCAAUACGCCAAGCAUAAAUAAUAUUUUCACUGCUUUUCAACAAUUUGCUAUACAAUGUCUUCGACAAAAAUGCCGGAACGUUCCGUUUUUCACGCAACGUCGAUGACUAUUUCUUUGCCUUUCUUUGACUAUUUCUUUGCCUCUUCGAACAUUUUCAGUACGAAAGAUUGUGGAGCUAAUACCACGUCCGCAGCCGGAGGUCAAAGAAACUUUAAUCAAUUUUGGCUGAAUUUGCUCUAAAAAUUCAUUUGUUUCUCAGGGGUAAUUCUGCCAUAAAUACAUUGACUUUCAGUGGUGGAGGUAUACAGUUAUCUUUGAGUACCUCUAGCUUUGCGAAUUUUUUCUGUUUUGCAAUGGUAUGAAUCAAUCAAUACCAUUAGAGCGGUUUUGUUUUUAUCUAAAAAUCUUACUUUAUACUGAGUUGUACAGUAUGUUCAAAUGAUAAAAAGUCGAAUAAAAGGAAUCUAAUCAUCCAUUCUUAUGCAUCUUUUCCGUUUUAUUAGAGAGGUUCAUGUUUGACUUUCACACCACUACUGCUAGCUCUCACAGACCUAAUAAGAAUUUGAUUGCAUGGUUAGUCGGGUGGAAUAAAUGCAUUUAUCGCUUCCUUUAUUUAACACUAUAUCUGGGGGAUAUCUUGUCACGAUAAGCUCUGUUUUCUGUGCAUGUUCUUUACACGCAAUAAACGAGUCAGACACCACUUGGAAUAAUUAUGGCAAUGUGCGUAUUGCAUAGACGACUUUGCGCUACCAAAGCGAAGAGCAGAAUGAACCAGAUGCGCAUUCUGCUAUAGAUAUGUAUCACCUCUCCCUUCCGUUUUCCUGCACGCAUUACAUUCAUGUGAUCAGAAAAUUACGGGUAAAAUACCCAUGUGUCCCAUGUCAAGUUUGUCUAUUUAUAUAUCCUAAGCUCAGGAAGCAAUAAAAUCUUCAUUGGUAUGCCAAUAAUUCCUUUGAUUUGUUAAAGUGGAAGUCAAGUCCGUUCUGCCCAUCGGUUAUGCUCAUAACAAUUUGAGGACUUCUAAUGUGAACAUUGCCCAAAUUUCGAAUGUUUCGAAUUUUUCUGAACAUAAACUCUAUUUCAUAUUCAUUAGAAGCAUAGCGAACCAAAAUGGUGUUAGAUAUUCAGACAGUACAUCAUAUUUUAAAAAAUACAGCAGUUAAAAAUGUAAACAAACCGUUUGUUUACAUUACGGACUUGACUUCCACUUUAAUGGUUACGUUCGCGGUAGUGGAAGUUAAAAUCAUUGCCUCUUUAUAUUAUAGCACCUUAUUAGAGCUUUUUUCUUAUUUUAAUUAAUUAGGUGAUUUCGCAAUUCUUUUGAAAUCUGGCAUGACGUUUAAACAGGCAAUCCUUGCAAACUUUGGUUCUGCCUGCCUCUGUUAUCUCGGUUUGAUAAUAGGUUUGAUUUUGGGAUUCAAGACCUCUGCUGUACGAUACAUAUAUGGUAUCGCAGGCGGAAUGUUUCUUUACAUUUCAUUGGUUGACAUGGUAAGUUUUAAAACAUUGUUUCCAAGCUAUGUUCGCUGACGGUACGGUGGAUAAAGUUUUUUGUCAGAGAUCGCAGCAGAGAAACAAGCUAAAUUUGUGUCUGUAACAACAUUUUCAAGUUGGGUGAGCAAAGCAAAAAAUAAUUAAAUUUUCAAAUGUUUCAUCGUGAUAUUUCCUAGUUGCCCAUGCAGCGCUGUAGAAUUCAAUAGACUGUUUUAACAAACACAAGGCGACGUCGACGAGGACGUGAAUACGUGAUAGCGUAGCAUGUGAGAUUUUACUUCUGGUUUAAUCUAUAGGACGUGACGUCGUUCUAGGACGAUAUUCCGUGUGUUUUAACGUCCUCUCCAAAACGUCACAAAUUUAUGCUUGUUUUAAAAAGCGAUAUGACAGAUGCGCCACAAAAACUAUCCUAUUUCUAGAGUUUGUUCGUUCAAUCAUGUUUCGCUCGCUACUCUGGUUAAUAAAUUAUUACAAAGCCCAGUCGAAUUGUAAUCAAGGCCAAACGCUUCGACACGAUCCAGUCUAGAGUCUUCAUCAGGGGUGAUCUAAAGUUUGUGUCCUUAUAUUUCGCUGAGUACUUUUAUCGCCAUAACAAAACAAGAGGACUGCAAGCAUUGUUGACCACUUGAUACUGCUUCUAUUUCUAGCCGAAAGAUCCAUUUAAAGAGAAAAAAAUACUACAAACAACAAUACUCUAAGAUGUAGAAAAAGUAGGAAUAUAGAAUAUUAAUUAAAACACUUAUAAAUUAAACAAGUAAAAACGGGAUCAAUUUUAGUUGCCUGACACAAGAGUACCGUAACGAAAAUAUACACGACAAUUAAAGAAACAGUUUUCGGCAUGAAAAAGUCGUGAACAACGUUGAGUUUCACCAAUGUAAACUCUGAUAUCCCUAUUUAUUAUAUUCAUUUGGAAAUCAAUGGUGUUUCCUGCAAUCUGAUUGGUUCACAGGAGUGCGAUUUCAGCAGUGUGAUUCGUGCUGAAAUCGCACCUUCUUUCAACCAAUCACAUUAGAGGGCUGACUUCAGCCAACCAAUUAUAUUUAAUCAUAGAAUUCAAACAGCCAAUGCAUUUUAAGAAAAAUGUGAUAUGGCCGAUGAGCAAAAACAAAAAAUUUACAUGUCAUGAUAAACUCUUGAGUGCCUAAGCAAUUCUUUGCACAUAAAAACAAAAAAUAUGGAUAGCUACAGUAAACUAUCAAAGAAUUGCAAAGUAUUUUAAUUUUUUUUUGAAAUUACACAAAUAGUAACUGGCAAAAAUGCCAACAAAGCAAAUUUAAAGCGUCAGGACAGACAGGACUCCGGGAAAACAAAAGUAAAUUCAAUAAAAUUCGCCUAUCGUAUUUCCAAAUUUAAACGCACAAAACUGCACCAAAACUCUUUCAAUCACUCGUAAGACAUACAAUAUGUUUAAACUUACUUGUGUUGUCUCUUAUUCUGUAUAAAUGUCUUCAUUCCUUUAAGAUUUUUGCAGUAUUUGAACAUAUUUAUAAACAAAAUUUACAAAACUUACAAAACUAUUUUAAAAAGUUCAUCUUGUUCGCUUUUAUAUAUUGUUGCUAUGCUACAGCACUCAGGGAGGUUUCGGAGGUGUGUGUGUGUGUGUGUUGCAAACAAAAACGUUUCCGGUUUACAAAAAUAUUUAAGAUUUCAAAAUGAAUAUAAUAAAGCGGAAAUUGAACUUCGUGUCGUGCAAUUUUGGACUGAAAUCAAACUUGUAAUUACAAAUCGCACUCCCGCAGUCCCGCUUCGCGGUCGUGCGAUUUUGUUAUCACGCUUUUGAUUUCAGUCCAAAUUGCACUCCACUCAGUUCAAUUACCAUUAAUAAUACCGAAUGGCUUAGAAAGUCGAUUAAAUAAAAUAGAAAACAAAUUUAAGUCGUGAACAAUACCUGCAGGUUUUGCGUUUUCGUUCGUAUAAGCCCCGGCCCGUUACGCGAGCAAAUUUUAUUUGACAAAUUUCAUAUGUCAAAGAUAUUUUGCUCCAACCUCGUUUCCAGAGUCUCACCUCUGCUCACCCCCUGCUCCGGAGAGACCCUGGUAUGGUAUGGUCACCUGAGUCAUGACCACGUGCUAUGCUCAUUAGGGGUAGCAAGGGGUGGCACGAUUGAGUACUUAUUAACUAAAAAUAGCAAAUGUAAACAAAGGGUAUUUCGAAUCAUAUUUAUCACCUAAACUGUAAAGGCUGUCGAACUGUAAUAAAGCCAGGUAACUGAAAGAGUAGAGAAAGCAUCACAGUAGAAAUCUAUAUCUUGUGAAUGAUUUUGAAAGUUCAUUUUUAGCAGUGUUUCAAACCCAGUUGUGCUGAACUAUUGUUGUCCAUUAUAAAUUUUGCAAUGCCAAUAAUUAUCACUAAAAUUAUUAGUGAGUGACGGUCUGAAUCAUUCUAAACGCUUUAUCGUUGGCCCUACUGUUUCUUGUGUAUAUUAAAUAAUGACCUAGCCCAGAAAGUGUAUAUAUGUUUGCUUUCUGUCGCGAAGUGUCUAUCGCUCUGUUUGGUUAAAACCGUAUCGGUUUCAUCUUUUACAAUAAUUCAAUAUUAAACCAAUGAGUUCUCCAACUCAAAAAGUACAACAUGCGGUGAAUUUUCUUGCGCUAUAUGCAACUAUGUUGUACUUUGUCAAAUGCUUUGGUAUAAGGUCAUCAAACACAUGUGCAGAAAUGUGCAGUCAUAUAGUCAUAGAGUUAUAUCAUUUAAGCAUGUAAUACGAAGGCCGUUAUAAAUGAUAGAUAUGGCUAAUAGAGCCAGCGCAUAACAAAAUUAACCAACAUGUAAAUAUUUUGAAUCGGGAUUGACAUAAAACCUACGUACUACAGUAUACGAAUGACAAAAUCAAUGCAAAUUUGUCAGUCAAACAUCUGUUUGAAAUUGAGACUCGUAUAUACCAAAAUGAUAUAAUAUGCGAACAUUUAUUAUACUGACAAAACUAAACAUCGUGCCAUAUGCAAGUCGCUAAAAUAUAUAAACACGUACCGUUGCACUGCAUAUUUUCAAUUUAUAUAAAGGUGAGAGUUCAUAGUUGAUAAGCUUUUUUUGAAAAUACACUAAAAUGUAUCCAUUUUAUUUUGAUAAAUCAGUAGGCUACAUCUGAUCUGUGCUAUAUUAUAUACGAAGAACGGUUUAAAUCACAAAUUACUUUAUUAUAUUAAUAAUAAUAUCACUGCGAACAGUAAUCACAUAUAUACAUGUAGAAACAGACCACAAGAGUCUAAAUCACUGGUCUAAAUGCCGUAAACCAUAUCAUAUACAGGGUGUAUAAAAAAAACUGAACAGAUUUGAAAUUGCUCUCAAUUUCGCAAAACAGCUAUAAGUAUCCUGUUUUUGAUGUAUAUAGUUUCUUUGGGUACUUAUAAUGUAGAAUAAUGAAAAAAAUUUCUCGAACUCAAAUUUUGUAAACCAGGGGGGGGGGGAUUCCAACAAACUAAAAAUGCCGGUUCGAAUAUUUCAAAGCGGGAAAAUACUGGACAAAUAAUUGAAAACGAUGAAGAAAUAUGCAAGCGGUAAAAAACCCCAAACAAAUUUGCUUCGAAAGAAAUAAACACGAAGUUGCAGACUAAAACCGGAAGUAAAAUUUCGCACGAAACGAAUUGCGCAGUGAAGAUAAUUUAGGCCUCUUGAGAAAAAUAUUCGCUUCGCCAGUGAAUAGAAGUCAGUUCUACUCACUGUGAAAGCGAAAAAAGUGUGCAAAGUCAAUAGAGUCAUUUUUGUGCAGCCAUUGUUCUAGUACUGUAGUUAUGCGACCUCAUCUUGAAAGGUAUCUAGCUAUAUCAAUUCAAAGAUUCUAAAUGGGCAGGCCAACUUCUAAAGGGCUAGUAUUAGUUUAAUCUGCAGCAGUUAGGGGUGUUAUAAUUUUUUUAAAUAUCAAUAUUGAUUCUGUUUUGUUUAGCUUCCCGAAAGUAUUCAAAUGGUUCUUGAUCUGACUGGCAAAUCGAAAAAGAAGGGCUUCAAAAUGCUGUUGGUCCAAAAUCUUUUCAUUUUACUUGGGAUGAGUGCAAUGUUGCUCCUUUCAUUCUAUGCCCCCAAAGUAAAGAAAGCGAAAUGGUGAAAGCAAGGAUGGUUAUUUCUUGAUUAAUCCUCACGUUCAAGAUACACGCUGUCACAAAUCCAACUAAUCCAAGUGAAUUUUAUUAAUAUAGGGACAUAGAAAUCGUAUUGUAUACAUAAAAACAGUACGUUUAUGUACUGAGGCGUGUGGAAAAUAUUAAAGCAUAAAAUGGGA